GAAGUUACCAUCUCUCACAAUGAUGGAAAGGCCCGUGCACGCGCUAGUCAGUGACGGAGCGUGGUGCUGGAAUGUCUCAAAGAACCACCAGCACCAACCACCAAACCUCACCGCAUACACGCCUCACUGGGACCCUCUGCGCAAGAUGGCGCCAAACGACAAAGCUGGACGCGUCGUGUUCAUCGGCAACAUCCCCUAUGGCGGCACCGAAGAGCUCAUCACCGAGACGCUCGGGCGCGUGGGCCAAGUGGUGAAUUUCAGACUCGUGUACGACAAGGAGACCGGGCGGCCAAAGGGCUUUGGCUUUGGAGAAUUUGCCGACGCCGACGCAGCAGCAUCUGCGGUGCGUAACCUCAACGAUUACGAGCUCAUGGGCCGCAAGCUGCGCGUCGACUGGUCCAACGACAACGGUUCCGGCGACAACGCGCCCUCCAACCAGACGGCGCCCCCUAUGAACGGCCAGGCGCCCGAGGCCGCGCCGCAGCCCUCAAGCACACUGGGCCCGCUGCCCCCCGGCGUCGACCUGCCGCCGAACCUCACGUGCCCAGACGCCAUCUCGCGCACGCUCUCGACCCUCCCCGCGCCGCAGCUCCUCGACAUUCUCUCGCAGAUGAAAGGCCUCGUCAUGACCGACCCUGCCAAGGCCACCGAACUGCUGCGCCAGGCACCGCAGCUCGCCUACGCCAUCUUCCAGUCGCUCCUCCUUCUCAAUCUCGUCGACGAGUCAAUGCUCAGCCGCGUCGUCGAGACAGGCGCGCCGGCACCUGCUCCCGUACCGCCGCAGCCCCAACCCACACCCGUCGCGCGCCCGCCCACAAACUACGCCAUGCCGCCCGGCUACCCACAAGCCGUCCCGACGCCGCCACAGAUGCAGCCAUACGCGCAGCCGCCACAGGCGCCGCCGCCCAUGGACAACAGCGCGCUGUAUGCGCAGGUCAUGGCGCUGCAGCCGGAGCAGAUCGCGCAGCUGCCGCCUGACCAGCGGAACCAGAUUAUGCAGAUCAGGCAGAUGAUCAUGGCGGGCCAGCGACCGUAGGGGGUUGCGGGCGCGCAGUCAGAUACAUGUGCAUUAGGACUUGGGGCGCAGGCACGGCAGGUGGAGGAGCCGCAGGGACCCCACGCACGGAGGUCGAGGCAAAGGAGGGGGCGCCGGUCGAAGAAGAGGGCCGCGCGCAUGCAGGAUUGAAUGAAGACUGUGAAAGGCCGGGACAGUGCAUUGUAGUAUGGAAACAAUAAGUCAGGCCAGGGAGACAGCAGCACAGAACUAAAAGCUUCGAUGCCAGGAAUGCUUCUCGAAGGCAGCACACAUUGACGGCCGGCAUCAGAAUUAGGACUAGUAUGCCACAUGGCAGCAUCAAUGAAUAAAUAGAUACCCCUCUUUCC